AUAUCCAUCGCCGCAACCAAACAAUGUUAUGCCAUAAUGGUCAACGCAGAGGGUCCCUACAUCAACUACAUGCAAUACCUUGCGCGUCGCUUUCUAUUUAGUCCGGUUGGACUUACUAUCCUUUAAAUACGUGCUCUUUAAUUAACAGUAGAUUAACGCUUGACAGCAGCUAAUCCGGACGACAAUGUAUAGGAGGCUAACCGCGGCGUGCCUCCACCAAACACGCCGGACGAAUGUCAAUUACCGCCUGGGACAUUAAGGAGGCAGCCUUUUCGUCGGACAUAAAAGAAGUUGAGGAGCUCAUCCUCACCAACAAGGGCGCCACCGACGUGGGUUCUCUCAGCCAGGCGGUCAACCUGCGCUCCCUCUCGCUCGCCUUCAACUCGCUGUCCUCCCUGUCGGGCCUAGCGCCGCUGCUGCAGCUGCAGUCGCUCAAUGUUAGCCACAACCAAUUGGCCAGUCUCAAGGGCCUGCAGGCGCUGUCGAGCCUCGUUAACCUCAAUGCCAGCCACAACAAGAUCGUCUCCCUGGCCCCCCUGUCCGGCCUCACCAGCCUGGCCGACCUGUGGCUGCAGAACAACGCCGUGUCAGCGCCCGGCGAGCUGCGAGUGUUGGGGACACUGCCGGGGCUGCAGCGACUGGCCAUAGCCAACAACUCAGUGGCCAAGGCCCUCCCCGCGGACCACCUCCGGCUGGUGGCGCUGCGGCUAUGUCCGGGACUGAAGCUCAUAGACGGACGGCCCGUGGAGGCAGCGGAGAGAGAGGCCAGUGAGCGGCUGGACAUUGACGUCCUGCUGGCGGCUCGGCCAGCUGCCCCGGGCAGCGCCCCCGCAGCCACACCGACCCUUGGGUCACUGGGGUCCCUAGGCAGCAGCCGAACAGGUGUUGGUGGUCGGGCGCCGUCUUACAGCGGUGUGGGAGAGGUGUUGCCACCCCGUGCUGCAGCCGGCGGUGCUGCUGCCGCUGCAGCGGUUGGGUCCGGCAGGAGUCGAACGGUGGAUCGUCCUCUCAGUAACAGCUCCCAACGCUCUGCCGGCGCGGGUACCCCGGACUCGCAGCUGCCGGCGUCACGGGCCCGGCGGCGGCAGCGGUGCAGCUCGUUCACUGCAGGGGGAUCCACCGGUGGCGCCGCUGACCCCAACGACAACGAGUACGGUGGCAGUGGCGGCGGAUGCGGGUCUGCCGGCACACAAGCCGCCCCGGCGCUGGAGUCCAUGACGUCCUUCUCCUCCACCGCCUCCUCCUCCACCGCCUCCGCGGGGGCAGCUGGGAGCGGCUCCUCUAGGGGUGCAGCGCUGCGGGGCCGGCGGCCGCCGCUGCCCGGGGGCGGCGGGCUGAAACCUGCGGCACAACUGGCCGGCACGCAGUUCCAGGCCGUGCUGGACGCGCUGCCCCGGUUCGACGAGACCAAGUUACCCAGUCGCUACAGCGGCGCUCAGGUGCCCAGGUCCCGCGCGCCCGCCCCCGUCAAACCCCCGCCUGAGGCGCAACUCGUGGACUACGAAACCAAGUACCCGGCACAGCGCGGCGGCGGCCGGGCGGUUGUGGUACGGCGUGACGGCUCGGCGGCGGCCUUCUGGCCCGGCGGCGACAUGGCCGUCACCGUGGAUGCGGAAUACGGCAUGACAACAGCGGCGGCGGCGGAGGUUGCGUUGGGGAGUAGAGGAAGUGGCGACGUCGGGGACGCCAGCGGCGGCGGCGGCGGCGGCGGCAGCCCCAUGGCAUCAGCGGCGGCGGCGACGACGCCUUUGUCGUACAAGAUGAUGGUGAUGUAUCGCGCUGGCGGCAUUGCGGUGUCUUGGGACGCGGCAGGCGGCUUCGUGCAGUACCCGAGUGGGGGGCUGAUGCUCAUGUACAGCCGCACGACGGGGUCAGGCACCUGCUACAGCCCCUCCGGAGACAUCACCCGGCGGUGGCGGGACGCCGAUGCGGACGCCUCGCCGCAGCCAAUCACCAUUGCGCUACCCUUCCCGCUAGCCGGAGCCUCCUCGCCGCCGCCGCCACCGCCGCCGCCGCCAGCGCACAUCGACAUGCAACUCGACCCUCACCUGGGCAUUCGCUUCGUUUCCGCAACUCACACUCUGGAGCUUUACCUCUGUUGCGAGGGCCUCCGAUACCGCUUCCGAUGCGGGCGCAACAUGCCCGAAGACGUCUGGAACCCGCCGCCCGGUCGUGGUGACGGCAGCGGCGGCGGUAGCGGUUCGUUAACGUCUGCGUCGUCGCUCACGACGCCGUACGAUAGUCAACCGUCGACGCCGACGUCAUCGCGGGCUACGGCAGGGCGAUUCUCCGGGGCUGAGGACAGUACGGCAGAAGAGGGCUUGCCGCCACCCGCGUUCCUCCGCAACCUGGCGCGGCAGGGCGGAGCUGGGACGCACCGGCCGACCGGAGCCGCCGCAAGACAGGCGUCGCAAGCGGUGGCGGCGGCUGCAGCGAUAACAGACGGCGGCGGUGGUGGAGGUGCUGAUUGCCCGUGCAUUUCCAGCAUCACUGCGGGGCUGCAGGCGCUAGAGGAGGGAUUGCAGGCAUGGCUGGCCCGGGACACCAAGGCCAAGGCCUCAGGCUCCGCCCUACCCUCCAUGUCCGGUGCCGACAUCUCGCCCAUGGGAACAGGCUCAACAGCCCCCACCAGCGCCGCCGCCGCCGCUGCUGCCGUCAAGCCCUCGCCUCUCAAGGGUCGCCGCACCGGGGGUGGCAGCGGCGUCAGCGCUGUGCGCGCACUCGCAGCGGAGGCGGCAGACGCGGGGGCGGUGGAGGCUGCGGAUGCUCCGGCAGAUGCUGCAUCGCCAGCCGGCUCCGCUGAUAGGAGGCAGGGAAGCUUCAGGCAACGGCGAACCUCUUCUGGGCUUGCAACGGCAGCAAGGCCUCCUUCCUCGCCUGCCGUACCGUCUGCCGGCGGGCGGCUGUUUGACGGCGCUGCUGACGGCGACCCAGUUGUGAACGGGGGCAGUACGGCAGGAGAGGAGGAGGCCGCCAUCAAGGCCGCGGUGGCGGCUGUUGAUUUGAUGCAGUUGUCGACUCAUGGUGGCGAUGCGGCGAGCUGUACAGCAGCAGGAGAGGAGGAAGGUGGCAGCGGUGCAAGGGGCGGCAUUGACAGCGGCGUGGCUGCACAGCUUGCCGCAGCUCGCAAACUCGCAGCAGACAGCUUGGCAGCGGCCAUGGCGGCAGCGAAUGCGGCUUCCUUAAUAGGGUCCGGGUCGACGAGUUGAGGGCCCCUUGUAUGCAGUAUGCUCGAAAUGGGUGUACAGCUGUACGCUAAGAGUUGUAGCAGUAGAGCGCUUAUAAGCUAUGUCGUGCUGCUAGCGUGCUCCUUAUAUUAUUUCAUGCAUUACCCUGGACGUCAUUUAUGCUGCCUGCUUUCGGGAAUGCUGCCGUGCGUUUGAUGUAUCGGACUGUCCAAGCCGUGCUACAACCACCGAUGCCACGGGCAUCUUUUUUUUUUUUUAACAUAGCCUAAACCAUAGGCCUAAACAUAGCCUAUAGACAUGUUCUUGGCGCAGGCACAGUAAAGCCCAGCUAUGAGUACGCAAUUGUUAGGUGCCGACAACGAGGCAACACUAUCCAUUUUUUUGCUUUACAGGCUGAGGAGCACGUGGAGGCCACGCAAGGGGCGUACGCCCAUGAAUAGCUUAGCACCUCCGCCCUGCAAAGCGGCAGCAUGCAACGACGAAACGUACGACACCAGGAGUGUUUCCCCAAAUCAGAUACGGGCUUCGCCGCCAAGAAACGCCCUGUGCAGUGCAGUGCCUAACACCGUACGGGCAUAACCAAAGCCAACCAGACUCUGCGUUGGUUUGAAAGCAUGUGCCGUUCCGAAAGCAACGCAACCUCACCUUCGUCCACGUGACUGCGUUGCUAUGCUGGCUACCCCUGCCACCGUCUUGCUGCUUUAAACGCCACAAAUCCUCCACAAAAGAGCCGUGAUUCCUCCUCCCACCUAACAACA